GAGAUGGUUGACGACAUUGCCUCCGAACGUGAUGUGGAGGCCAUCAUUACAGAAAUCACCGAUGAGGAGGCUGCUGCGAUGGAAAACGGCCCAGAGACCCCCGCAAGUGAGGAAAGCGAAAUGGAUUUCGAUCAUGUUCCCGAUAGUGAUGAGGGCAUCUUCAUUACAGACGAAGACUCGUCGUCAAAACCCAGACCCGCAGACAUUAUGGAAGACGAAGUCGGUGAAUCGUCACAUCCACACGCCGAGCCACGAAAAAUUGAGAUCACACUCACCUCAGACUCCGAGUUCUUCCAUAUGCUCACGAGCGAGCUAGAGAACCUGGAGGCACUGCAAGCGAAACAGAAGGAGACGUUGUCGUUGCAGGUUACUGCUUUGUCGAAUUGCUUGACGAAGGUAACGAAUCCUGAGACGAAGCGUGGGACGCAGAAGUCCGAUCUUUACCCUUGGCGAGAGGUCUUUCGUCUCUAUCUUGAUGCGGGAGUUUUCUUUGCUGACACAGAACGAGAACGUGGAGAGCGCACGGCGGAGAAGGCGAAGGAACGCUUGGAGUGGUUCGCAAAACAGCUGGAGGAUGCUGGGAUUGUUGGUCGGUUUAAGCAGGGGUUGUCUAAGCCUAUGCUCGAUGAUUUCUGGAGGAUCAAUAUGGCGAUCUUGAGGAACCUGAGGUUUCAAAAGAUGAACCACAUGGCGAUGUACAAGAUUUUGAAGAAGUUUGACAAGCGCACGUCUUUGAGUGCACGCACUACGUUUCCUGAACUCAUUGCCGCCGACUCAACCUUCACGCAAAGCAUGGCUCAAGCGAUCUGUUACACCAUGUCCACGAACCUCCUCUCCAUCAUCCCGCAGCUUGACGAUUACAUCUGCCCAAUCUGCGCCUCGAUCACGAUGAAGCCCGUCCGUCUCCCUUGCUCGCAUGUUUUCUGCGUUCGCUGCCUUGUCAAGCUCCAGCGCGAGAAGAAGAAGCAGUGCCCGAUUUGUAGACGAGACGUCGUGAUGUUGGCCGAUUCGUCCAAUAUCGAUUACAGUUUGUUGAACUUCUUGAAGCUGUACUUCCCAAUUGAGGCGAAGCAGAAGCAGGUCGAGAACGAGAAGGAGGUGGCGGUGGAACAGAUGGAGAGGAUGGGCAUGGCGCCGGGACAGCAAGGGAAGUGCGUGGUUAUGUAGGACGUGGACGUGAUAGUCGCCGACUUUUGGAUACCCUUUUACUAGU